UAUAGAGUGUGUUUGCUUGAAGAAUAUUUUCGCAUUAAUUCGCAUCGUAGAUACACGAUUGUGGGUUUUGUUUAUAUACAAUGCUGUUUUCUUUUUAUAAAACAAUAAUUUUCUAUAAUCUGUAUUUUUAUAUUUUGUGAACUGAACUAUUUCUGUGAACGUAUUUCUCAGAUAAAUUACGAAACUGAAAUUUGUUUGGUUUAUACAUAUAAUUAUUGGUUAUCAAAAUGAGGUAUGCUCAAUUAGUAAUGGGACCGGCCGGUUCUGGUAAGUCAACCUAUUGUUCAAUUAUGCAACAACAUGGCAGCGACUCAAAGAAGACGAUAGAUGUUGUAAAUUUAGAUCCUGCAGCAGAAUAUUUUGAUUACAAGCCCUUGGCAGAUAUAAAAGAGUUAAUUCAAUUGGAUGAUGCUAUGGAGGAUGAAUUUAACUUUGGACCCAACGGUGGCCUUGUAUUCUGCAUGGAAUAUUUAAUUGAAAAUGCAACCUGGCUGGCAGAGGAAUUAGGUGAUGCGGACGAGGAUUAUAUAAUAUUUGACUGUCCAGGACAAAUUGAAUUAUAUACUCAUAUGACUGUGAUAAAACAGCUGAUAACCAUGCUGCAAAAUCUUAAUUUUCGUAUAUGUGGAGUAUUUUUGAUGGAUGUCCAAUUCAUGAUCGACGCGUCAAAAUUUCUAUCCGGUACUCUGGCUGCUCUUAGUGCAAUGAUAAACCUAGAAAUUCCACAUGUUAAUAUUCUUAGUAAAAUGGACUUGCUAUCAAAGAGUGCGCAGAAAAGGUUGGACAAUUAUAUAGAUCCUGAUCCACACAGUUUAUUAACGGAUGCAGAAGAAGAUCCAUGGAACGAUCGGUAUCGCAAUCUUACAGAAAGUAUUGGUAGAAUCAUAACAGAUUAUAGUUUAGUGCGUUUCUUGCCAUUAAAUAUCAAGGAUGAAGAAAGUAUUGCGGAUAUUAAAUUAAUAAUCGAUAAUACUAUACAAUAUGGUGAAGAUAUAGAUGUAAAAGUUAGAGAUUUUGAUGAACCUGAUAGUGAAAUAAAUGAAUCUUAAAGUUAUUUUAUAUAAGAGGAACUGUAGAUUUUAUAUAAUUCUGUAUAUAAUAAAUAUCUAGAACAUUUGUCGUAUAUUUAGCAGAGCAUUAAAGAGGAUAGAAAAAAUAAGACAAGCAUGAUGCUUUGUCUGUUUUUGCUUUUUAUGAUUUACUUAGUAUUGAUUUACAAAAUUGUACAAUAGAAGAUAUUUACAUUUUAGGAAUUUUAUCUAUCUACGUAUAAAUUCAAUGUAUUAAAUACAAAUGUGAGACAACCAAAAGUAAUGGUUGAGCCGUGCGCGAUAAUUGCACUUCCCUCCCACCCUUCUUCUAAAUGCUCUGCGUUUCUUGUAUUAUAUUUUGUAUUGCAUUUGCACAAAAUCUUGUCAUUCUUGUGCGCAUGUUCUUGCAAGCAAGUUGUUUCCUUCUUAUGUAGAAUUGUUUUUAUCAUUUCCGACGGUUCUUCUUCUUUGAUAUUUGUUACUUUGUUAGUCUUUUCCUCUUUUACUUGAUCUUCUAAAACGCGAGUAUAAUCACAAGAAUACAGCACAUUAUCCACCAUAGUUCCAUAUUCGCUGUAAUUGAGUAAUUCAUAACGCUGAGUCGCCUGCAACAGAUAAAAAUUUUAUGCCAUGUUUAUUGCAAAAAUUUUAUAUAUAAUUUUCUUUUAAUCUGAUUUAAACGAAUACUCUUGAAGAAAAAUAUAUUGUGUUCAUUCUCACCUCGUCGAAAAAUAUAAUUGCAUGUUUAGAAGAUGUAUAUCCACAGUUACCAUAAUUAGAUAAAACUAAGUUGCAAUUGGAGCCGUUGCCAAUAACAAAUGUUUUGUGAGUUAUGAAAGCUGGUGGAUUAGGCUUAGGACUUAAAGAAAAUAAUACGGCUCUUGCUCUUCUAUGACAAUUUAUUGUUUCAUAACUCUCUCCGUCUGGAUUUAAUAUUUGUUCUAAUCUCUGUCGCGCUAAUGCUUCCACCACUGGUCUUUCUAAUAAUUGAACGCCUUCUUUAAUAUUAUAACUAUUAUACCCAUAA